AUGUUACAGGUCUGGUCUGCUGACAGUUUGGAGUUUGUCCGCACUCUAUCAGGUCAUAAACGGGGUAUUGCAUGCUUACAAUAUCGGGGACGUCUUGUUGUUUCUGGAUCCAGCGAUAAUUCUAUCAGGCUCUGGGAUAUCCAUUCUGGUGUAUGUUUGCGCGUCCUCGAGGGACACGAAGAGCUUGUGCGAUGCAUUCGCUUUGAUGAUAAACGGAUUGUCUCAGGAGCUUACGAUGGGAAGAUUCGUGUCUGGGACUUGGAGGCUGCUCUUGAUCCUCGUUCGUCUCCCAGUUCCCUUUGUCUUAGCACUUUGGUGCAGCACACUGGUCGUGUAUUUCGCCUGCAGUUCGAUGACUUCCAAAUCGUGAGCAGUUCUCACGAUGACACCAUUCUCAUAUGGGAUUUUCUGGUUGAGCCAACUUCACAACAGGCCUCUGGAACUGCUCCAUCCGGUACCAAUCAGGAUGAUCCUGCACAAGUGACCGCUGUGCCAUCCAGCUCGACUGAGCGGACGAUUGCUACUGAUGGAGCAUGCAGUCCUCCGCAGAGUCCACCCAGAGAUGAUGAUGCGUGUGGACACGCUGGACCAAGCACAUCGUACAGCAACAGAUAUGAAGGUUGGAGUGGAGAGAACGGAUCUUUACGUUAUGUGCAGAAGCCAGUCUUCGCCCGUCUGUACAAUGGACUUGUGAGUUUUUAUGGUGAUUUUGCAAUUUUACUGAUUCAGUGGAUUAUCUUCUGUUUUGUCGAAUGA